AUGACUAGGAGGUCCAACAAGGACAACCUAGUUGAACAUCCAGAGAUAGACAAGCUUGAGAAGCAACUUAGGAAGCAAAAGCCCAAGAGAUGGCCGACGAAGCAGCUCGCGCUCACGCCGCUGAAGUGGCGCGCGCUCAAGAAGAAGGAAGAGAUCCACCUCCUCCUCCUCCUAAUCCACAAGACUGCUGGAGAUGUGAACGCACAACCUCAAGCGGAGCACCUACAAUCGGAGACUAUGACUCUGCCGAUGCUUUCUUCAUGGAUAGAAACCCUAUCCAUCCACCAC